AUGGAUAAGGAUAACCUGUGGACCCGCCGCUCGAACACCAGCAAGCUCUCUCUAUCCACAGGUAAUCCUUCUGCCAACGGCGCCCCUCUUUCAAACGAUCAUCCUGUUCGACCCUACACCCUAGGAAGGCGCCAUGGAGAUACCUCUUCCCAUAGUAACAAGAACCCUUUCGGGGCCAUGUCCCCUUCGACGACCUCUAUAGCUUCCCCAACCGCAGGCGCAUCCAGCGCGUUUGGCCUCGGUUCAGGCGCAUUCGCAUCUUUCGGAGCUGCCAAGACCCCGAAGACUCCCGGAAGUGCACUGGACUUUGGAAGUGUAGUCGGAUCUGGAAAAACCCCGACUUUGGAGAAACAGUUCAAAGACCUAGCAUCCAGGCCUUCCAAAUCCUCCCUCACCGAGAGCUCCAAAAACUCAACAACUCCUACACACACUUUGAGGGAUAGCUGGGUAUUCUGGUUUCGGCCACCAAUUUCAAAGUCCAAUGGCUUUGUAGAGUAUGAAAAGACUCUGCAUGCCAUAGCAAGCUUUGAUACGAUUGAAGACUUCUUCAAUGUCUAUCAUCACUUGAAGCGCCCCUCGACUUUACCUCUUGUCUCUGAUUACCACAUUUUCAAGAGAGGCAUUCGGCCAGUUUGGGAGGACGACGAGAACAAGAAGGGUGGUAAGUGGAUUGUAAGACUGAAGAAGGGGGUUGCAGACAGAUACUGGGAGGAUCUGGUUUACGCUAUUAUCGGCGACCAAUUCGCAGAAGCCAGCGAGGAGGUCUGCGGAGCUGUCCUCAGCGUUCGCAAUGGAGAGGAUAUCUUGAGUAUAUGGACCAGUGUAGAUGGCGGGAGGGUUCUCAGAAUCAGAGAGACUAUGAAGCGAAUUCUAGCCUUCCCUCCAGAUACCAAGGUCGAAUGGAAGAGUCAUGAUUCAAGUAUUGCGCAGAGAACAGCAAUCGACGAUGCUCGCAAGGACAAAGCUAAUCAGCAUAGCCAUAACUCUCCCAUUGCCGCGCGCAAUGGUCACAAAGACAACGAUCAUGCCUCUUACGUCGACAAGAAGUAA